AUGAAUACUUUAAAUAUUUUUUGUCUUCUCAGUGUAUCAAAUUCCCCUCCAAAUUCGGCUGCUAAGCGAUCCUUCUUACCUGCUGAUGCAACUUGGCGAUCAUCUCCAGUCCCAGCAGACCCUUAUUCCGAUGUUGCUGCCAAUGGUGGGCUCCAAUUGCCUCUUUGGCCAUCUACCACCGUUUCUGGUAGCUUCAGUCUUCCCCCCUCCACAUCAUUCACCAACGGCAUAUCUUUGAGUGCGGUCCCAAACUUUGGUCAACCCGACCCACAUGGAUUAUCAGGGGUCCACUCCGGUUCCUGCUAUGAUCGUGAUCUGCCUUCUACUCCAGCCUACUCCGCGUCCCCACCAUCACUCCCCUCCAAUCUCUCGCCUUUGCUAACUACCACAAGUACCAAUGUAUCGGCCUCAGCUGGAUUAGACUUUGGUAUCUGUUUAAACGAUGCUUCUGCCGCUGGCAGUGUUCUCCAUAUGUCUGCUGACGAUGAGCUUCUGGUGUCCUCAGCUGCGUCUGAUGAACUUGAAGAAAUUAAACCAGUCAUUCGCCACCUUUCUUGUCAUCCAAACGAUAGUGAUUUAAAGGAACAAUUUGCACAGGCUGUCACUCGCCAGAUCGAUCGCGAAAACGAGCUAGAGGGCAGAAGGAUUGCUGAAGUUGAAGAUGAUCUAUGUGACGAGUCUGCUUCUGAUUUGGUUUGUAUAAAGCGUGCCGCGUCUCCUGCCGACUUGCCCUGCUCUCCCUCAUGGCUUGACAUCUGUCUUGGCCUGGCCACCGGUACCAUCGCUCCAAAUGCUAACACUAAUUAUAAUACGACUGCCUGUCCCAGUGCUUUAACUACAUCGCCAUCCACUUCAACUCCUGCAAUUGGGCUCGACAGAAUGACCUGCACUAACCAUCUCUCUGGCAGAAACACUGCCUCACUAGGAUUAUUCGGCAACCGGGCUGGCAUGCUGCAGCAUACUACUCAUUUUCUAUCAGUCAUUCCUGCUGGUGGCUCUACAUGCAACUCUGGUCUUGGCUGUCUGCUAUCAUCUUUAACAGGUUUCUGCCAAACUCCAACUAAAGCUAUUGGUGAGCGGGACCAGCUUUCUUUCCAUUUGGCCAGUCCACCUGCAGUCCUGGCCGCCGCUACCUGUGGAAGCAGUGCAAGUACACACGGUAGUAACGUUGGAGGAGUUGGCGGCUGUGUGUGUAGCUCCAGUGCUGGAUUUCAUCAAAGUCCUGCCGGUUGUCUGAUUGUAAGUCCAUUAACAAGCAGGACGGCUCCUUUAUCUCUUUCGAAUGAUUUUCUCAAUGGACGUAAACGCAGAGCUAGUGGAGCAACGAAUAUAGCGACGGCAAUGGGGACUGGUGGCGAGGCAAUUCAGCUACAAGAAACUCCAAACAAGUCUCGGAAUCUGACAGAUCGUAUUCGACAAAGAAUGGCGGUGAACUCUGGUCGUCUUAUCGCUGGAAGUCAGUCUACUCGAGUAUGUCUUUUUAUUUUCAUGCUCUACGUGUUGUGUGCAUACAAUGUAUUAUUUAGUAGACGGACAUAG